ACCAAUCACAGCGCUCACAAUCAUUUUUCAUGCCAGUUCAGAAUAAUAUUAUUAAAAAAAAAAGAAGAAGAAGGGAGAAGAAGAAGAAGGAGAGGAGGAGGAGGAGGAGGAGGGCAGCCAGGCAAGCAGAGCAGAGCAGACUUGUCUGGACUAUGUGCAGGGGAUAGGAGGGGAGGAAAGAUCGCAGCCCAGCUCAGAGGAAGGACCAUGUCGAUGCUGCCCACCUUUGGCUUCACCCAGGAGCAAGUAGCCUGUGUGUGCGAGGUGCUCCAACAAGGGGGGAACAUUGAGCGCCUGGGGCGCUUCCUCUGGUCCCUGCCCGCCUGCGAGCACCUCCACAAGAACGAGAGCGUCCUGAAGGCCAAGGCGGUGGUGGCCUUCCACCGGGGCAAUUUCCGAGAGCUCUACAAGAUCCUGGAGGGCCACCAGUUCUCCCCGCACAACCACCCCAAGCUGCAGCAGUUGUGGCUCAAGGCUCACUACAUCGAGGCGGAGAAGCUGAGAGGGCGCCCCCUAGGAGCGGUGGGCAAGUACCGGGUGCGCAGAAAGUUCCCCCUGCCCCGGUCCAUCUGGGACGGAGAGGAGACCAGCUAUUGCUUCAAGGAGAAGAGCAGGAGUGUGCUGAGGGAAUGGUAUGCCCACAAUCCCUACCCUUCCCCCAGGGAAAAGAGGGAACUGGCCGAGGCCACUGGACUCACCACCACCCAGGUCAGCAACUGGUUCAAAAACAGGAGGCAGAGGGACCGGGCGGCCGAGGCCAAGGAAAGGUACGAGUAA